GGCCCCGGCCCCGCCCCACUGAGGGUGCGCAGACGGCACCCGUCUUUUACGACGCGCCGGAAAGCAACGGCAACGGCCGCAGCCAGCACCGGGCGGAGAGGGCUACUAUGGGGAAAAUUGCGCUGCAACUCAAAGCCACGCUGGAGAACAUCACCAACCUCCGGCCCGUGGGCGAGGACUUCCGGUGGUACCUGAAGAUGAAAUGUGGCAACUGUGGUGAGAUUUCGGACAAGUGGCAGUACAUUCGGCUGAUGGACAGUGUGGCACUGAAGGGGGGCCGUGGCAGUGCUUCCAUGGUCCAGAAGUGCAAGCUGUGUGCAAGAGAAAAUUCCAUUGAGAUUUUAAGCAGCACCAUCAAGCCUUACAAUGCUGAAGACAAUGAGAACUUCAAGACAAUAGUGGAGUUUGAGUGCCGGGGCCUUGAACCAGUUGAUUUCCAGCCGCAGGCUGGGUUUGCUGCUGAAGGUGUGGAGUCAGGGACAGCCUUCAGUGACAUUAAUCUGCAGGAGAAGGACUGGACUGACUAUGAUGAAAAGGCCCAGGAGUCUGUGGGAAUCUAUGAGGUCACCCACCAGUUUGUGAAGUGCUGAUCCCUCUUCCUUCCCAGUUGCCCUUAAGAACUGAGAAAGGACAAAGUACCCUAAGCAGCAGAGCCCACAGAGGCUGGUUCCUUUGACCCUUGUCUCCUGGUGGCUAUAUGAAACCUUCACAAUCUGCAUGCUGGACUUUAUUACAGCUUCCCAAGCCCCAUCAAUAAAGCCCCUGUUCAUGCCGCACUGGUGCAUGAAGGUGAAGUAAGGAGGCAGCUCCCCCCUCCACAAAUAAGAAUUCGUGCAGCAGCAGUUCACUCCUUAGGAAAAUGAAGAGUAUUUUUAAGGAGAUGGUAUCUCCCCAGUCAAGGGCAAGUUUACAGAGAUGAAACCACGAUCCCACCAUCACUCAAUGAGCCAGAAGCCAAUGGUGACGUACUGUUACCUGAACUUACUGAACUUGCUGUUGGAAAGAUCUUUGUGAGGAUUAGGAAUUAGGUUAAAAGAAAUUAAGAACCAUCUUCAAGCAAAAAUUAAACUUUAUUUCUGCUUAAACAAUAAAUACACCUGAGUUAGUUUUCCAAACCUUUCCUCCUGAUUAAAUGCCCUUAAAACUGAAA